GCUAUGUUUGCCCAAUUGAAGGCCUGAGGGCCCUUCAGUAAAAACACACUUUCCAUCUCCUUCUUGUUCUCUUUCUUCUCUCUCACACAUAACACCACAAACACACACCUUCUAAUGGAGACGUUUUCCAAAAAGUCAAGGAAACCGGUGUUGCCGUUAGCAUCGACGUUCGACGUACACCGUUCAAUUUCUCCGACCGGUAGAUUUGGUCGUCAUUCUUCGGCGUUUGCUGCUGAUAUGACAUCGCCGUUUGCGUCGUCGACGAGUUCCAGCUUCUGUUCAUCUCCUUCUUCAAGUUACGUCUACAGUCGUCCGUCUUCUCCGACGAGAGUUAGGCUUCAUGGUUUUGCGUCGAUGACGUCAUCAUCCGUGAGAGUCUCUAUAUCGAGUAGACCUGGAUCUCCGAAUCGGUCGAUGGCGAUGCCGGUGGCUCAUCGAAAUCAAGUUGUACGGAAACCAAGUUCGCAGAAGACGUGUUUGUGUUCGCCGACGACGCAUCCUGGAUCGUUCAGGUGUAGUUUACACAAGAACUACAACACUAGCAAUUCGAUGUCGUCAUACUCUCCGAAUAGAUUGAAUGCUCGAAGGUCUGCGAUGACGAACUCCCUUGUGAGAAUAGCUACCGCUGAAGGAGGUGAUCUGGUUAAGAGAGCUCUAGCCGCCUUGAUUCGCCCUUCGUCGCACCAGCAACGGCGGAGAUCGGCUUUCGAACCGAGACCUAGUCGGUUGUCGAUCAUGUCCAACGCCGACGAGUUGUGAAAAUAUUAUGCUUGAAAUAUCUUAUGUUGCGCAGUCACAGGUUUUGGUGCUAUUACAUACAUCAGUUUUCAGUUUUAGAUCUCGCUAUGGUGGCGCGAAGGUUUUCCGGCGAAAACUGGUUCUACUAAAAUUCGACGACAUAAAAUCUUCGGACAAGAAGGAUGAAGCUUAUCAGCAAUCGAAUCGAACCGAAAUCUCCUUUGUACACAGAGAUGAUAGUAAAUGGUUGCAAAUUUGAAGAACAUUUUGUUACAAAUUAUCAACAAUCUAUACACACUUCUAAACAACAUAUAAUUAAUCAAUUUGGUAACAGAAUUAAAAAAAGAUCUUCGGAUUUGAGUUUCAUCUGUUCUCCGAUUGGUUCCUUUUGUUUUCAAGAAUUUUAUAAAUUUGUUCCUUUCGUUGUUGAUGAAA